GGAAAUAGAAUUGAAAACAGAUAAAAUGCAGCAAUAAUUAAUUAAUUUGUUGGGCAUAGCUUCUCCCUUCUCAAAUGCUUCAUCUUCGGCACUGUACUUGUCUUUCUCUGAACACUCACUCAUCCCUAAAGAAGAAAAAAUCGAUAUUUUUAUCUGGGUUCGGAGUUUGGGGAGAUAAUGAAUUGUUGGGAUUCAAGAAUAGGAGAAGAAACGGGCCGCUGAAUGGCGUGGAGAAAGAUUCGGGCUUUGAGGUGGACCCGGAUAAGGCCCGAGAAGCUUUGAGACAGCUUGAUGAGCAGCUUCAAUCUUUCUCCAAGAGAAAAGUCAGCCCCCCAAAGAAUAUUAGAGCUAUGGACUAUAAUGAACCAAUUAUCAGGGAAAGAGAAGAAGAGAUAUCGGGCUUCACAGGGUCGUUUUUGGUAUUUGCAGCUUCAGGUCUGCUAGUUUUCACCAUUUUGUAUAAUAUUAUAUUCUUUACAGUUAUAAAGCCAUCCGUAGAUGGACCGGAGACUGUUGAAUCUGCAAGUACGAUUAUGGAAGCUGAAAAGGGGGCAUCGAUAAAACGAUUGUCUAAAAGUGCAGAGUUCUCAAUUAGGCGGUGAAAACUUGUAUGUAUAUAUAUAUGCAUCUGUAUAUGCGCAAAACUCGACUUUUAUAUCUUACUACUGAUUUAUUUGCUACGUUAUGGAAUAUCAAUUCUCUCGUCGCCAUUUUGAAAUGAGAGGUCGAAUAUUGGUUA